AUGGGCGACCUCAACCGCCGCAAGGGCAUGAUCCUCGACAGCAGCCAGCAGGCUGAGGACGCGGUGCUCCAGGCCCUGGUGCCCCUGGCCGGCAUGUUUGGCUACAGCACAGUGCUGCGCAGCAACACGCAGGGCAAGGGCGAGUACACGAUGGAGUACAGUCACCACGCGCCGGUGACUAAGGACAUGCAGGACGAGCUGACCGCGCACUACCAGAAAGCGCGCGCGGCCGGCAAGUGA